AUGGGCACGGACGACGGAAUCAGGAAGAAGACUCUGAAGGACAUUAUCCGCCACUUCGUUCCGGCAUGGUUUGCAGUGAACAUGGGUACUGGUGCAAUAAGCAUCCUAUUCUACUCAUUUCCGUACGGGAACGGGAGUGAGGAGAUGAAGAUCCUUUCGCUGCUCUUUUUCUUCCUCAAUCUCGGCCUGUUCAUCAUCUUCGCGGCCGUCACUGCUGCCCGUUAUGUUCUAUUCCCCGACCUGUGGUCGAUCAUGUUACAGCAUCCCGUUCAGAGCCUCUACCUCGGGUGCGCACCCAUGGGAGUUGCUACUAUGAUAAGUGUUGCUGCCAGCCUGAUUCACGAAGGCUAUGGGUUUGGCGGGAAGCCAUUCAUAUAUUUCGUCUGGGCAGUGUGGUGGCUGGAUGUAGCCGUAUCCGCACUUUGCUGCUGGCAACUCAUGCAUAUCAUGAUGGUUCGCCAGGAUCAUGCAUUAAAAAGAAUGACCGCGGUAUGGCUCCUCCCGGUUGUCACCUUCAUCGUCGCAUCGUCCUCAGGAGGUGUCAUCGCCCCCUCUCUGGCAAAAUAUUCCCCAUUACACGCAAUGAUUACACUGACAACGUCCAUAUUCCUGGUCACCAUCGGCCUUUCACUGGCCUUCAUGCUACUUACCGUAUAUUUCCUCCGAUUGAUAGUUUAUGGCAUCCCUCCUGGUCCGACAGUGAUUUCUGCAUUCUUACCUCUCGGACCGAUGGGCCAGGCAGGCUUUUCGAUUCUUUUAGCCGGACAGGCGUUUGAGGCCAUCUUGCCAUACGGCGACAAUGGUUUCCUCUCGUCACCAACCGCCGGCAACGUUAUCAACGUCAUCUGCACUUGCGUGUCCUUCGCUCUUUGGUGCAUCACAACAAUGUGGGUUAUCUAUGCCCUCCUUGCCGUACAGGAGGUGGUCCGAAAAGGCCGUUUCCCGUUCAAGCUACCAUUCUGGGGGCUUAUCUUCCCGAAUGGUGUCUAUGCGAACCUCACGCUGGCCUUGGCCCGUACGUUCGACGUGCCCUUCUUCCGCGUUUACGGCGCAGCGUAUGCAGUGGGGACGCUUGUGUUGUGGAGUUUGGUCGCCUUCCGUACCCUCGCAUUGGUGCGUGGCGGCCAAAUAUUCGAGUCACCCUGCGUGGAGGACCUCGAUAUGUCGCGGGUACCAUCUACUUGCACAAAUGGUGUAACCACUGCACAAUGCACCGCCGCGAAUGCAAACGGCGAAACAGAAAAACGGACGUGA